CCAACUACCAUCCUGUGACAAGCACAGACACUUCACAUCCUCAUUCUAUCACCAGCACUGCCACACUCAGAGAAUGCACAUAUACACACCUUCCAAGGAACACAGACACACUCAUCCUGCAAUAGCACUAACACACCGACAGAUCCUGUGCAUAUUUAUACACACUGUAAGGGGACAAAGUCCAUAUUAACAAAAAACAAACCACUUCCAAUUUCAUACCUUGCCAAGAACACAGACAUUAACAGCAGCCCUUCUGCAGCACUGCUACAAGGAGGUCAUUCUGUCUGAAGAAUUCAAAAGCAGAGUUAGAUCAACACUCAAGAAAAAGGCAAGAAGAUACUAACAGCCGUGUAGUGUAGCAGAGCCAGCAUUCCAUUACAGUCCACACUGAUCUGCUGUUCAAGUUCAAGUUCACAGCACAGAGUAUUACUGAGGAAGGAGCUGUCCUGCUAUAUUCUGCCUCACUCAUCCGCCAGAGAUACAGAUUGGGACCUCACCAGAGAAACUGCUAAGAUGGCGUUUCAAGUUGCUGGAAGAUGUGAAGAUGUUUUACAAUACCGUUUCUCUGACAUCAUUGCAAAAAAGCGCAAUGGAUCAGUGCUGACACCAGAAGAAAUAAGAUACAUGGUGCAAGCAGCUAUGAACGGCCAAGCACAAGAAUGUCAACUUGGUGCACUACUUAUGGCUAUCCGAAUUCGUGGAAUGGACCCUCAAGAGACAAUGACUCUAACCAGGGAACUGGUAGCCUCAGGUCGUGUGCUGCAAUGGCCAAAUGAAUGGAAUAGUUGUUUGGUGGACAAACAUUCUACAGGAGGAGUGGGGGAUAAAGUUAGCUUACCUUUGGCUCCAGCUCUUUCUGCCUGUGGCUGUAAGGUUCCAAUGAUUAGCGGGCGUGGAUUGGGACAUACUGGAGGCACCCUGGAUAAACUUGAGUCUAUACCAGGAUUCAGCUCCCAACAAAGCCCUGAACAGAUGGAGACCAUCCUGAAAUCUGUUGGCUGCUGCAUAGUUGGGCAGUCAGGGGAUCUAGUGCCAGCUGACAAAAUUUUCUAUGAAAUUCGUGAUGUGACAGCGACAGUGGAUAGCUUGCCACUAAUUACAGCUUCGGUAAUGAGCAAGAAAGUAGCGGAAAGCAUUUCAGCACUGAUCCUGGAUGUAAAGUUUGGAGAGGCAGCACAGAGCCCAACCAUAGAGGAAGCAAGAACUUUGGCCCAGAGUCUUGUCAAUGUGGGGUUCUCCCUUGGUAUUCCCACAACAGCACUACUUUCUAAAAUGGACAAUCCUAUUGGUCGUUGUGUGGGAAAUGCUCUGGAGGUCAUAGAGGCUCUAGAAUGUUUGGAGGGGACUGGUUCAAGCGAUCUUCGGGAAUUGGUGACACACACAGGUGGUCACCUUCUUUGGUUAUGUGGUAAAGCUGCAUCUGCCACACAAGGAGCAAAACUAAUUGCGAAUGCCCUGGAUGAUGGCUCUGCACUGCAGUGUUUCCGAGCGAUGUUAGAGGCACAAGGAGUACAUCCUGAUAUCGCCAGGACGCUCAGCUCCAGCAGCAGUCUUUGCAAAGCACCUCAUCAGGAGGUGCUGAAAGCUGAGAGAUCAGGGACAGUCGAGCUGAUCCGGGCAAGACCAAUUGCUGAAAUUCUGAAUGCAUUGGGUGCUGGGAGGAGCCGAGCCACCGAUACCAUUAAACACAGUGUUGGAGCAGAACUGUUGGUGGCCGUGGGACAACAUGUGGAGAAAGGAGAGCCAUGGAUCAGGAUCCACUAUGAGAACUCCCCACUAACGGAGAAGCAGAGACAAUCCCUACAGCAAUCUAUCUCCAUCACAGAUCAGCCUCCUUUUAUUCCUACACCACGUAUCAGGGAAAUCAUAUCCUUUCCCGUCAAGAAAGAAGAGCUUGGGACAACAAUGAGGAGAGAAGGAGAGAUCAGUUGAAUAUGUUUCUGAAUCCGUAUUUUAUGGUUUUAUAAUGUUAAACAUAUUGUGCAGUCAAAUAUUAUCAAAAAGAUGGAUGUACAAAAACAAUAUACUUUUUUUUUAAAGAAACCAAUAUUCCAUAUCUUUAUAAAUCAAUUU